GUCUAACUGGUACGUUUCAAUUCAAUAUUAGCUUUUCCACACAACAUGGGAGGUCCGUCUGUGUCCCCCUCCCUCCUGUCUGUGUUAAUCAGUGUCAUCACCCUCACCUGUGUGUGUCAUCAGUCUCACUGGUGUCACCUGGUGCCCUGUGUGUGUAUACCUCUCUACCUCACUCAGUCCUGGUCUGAUCGUUGGUCAUUGUGGCUGCUGUUGUGUUCUGUUCCUGCCUUCUUUCUUUCCUUCCCAGUUCCUGUUACGCAUGAUCUGUGGAGUGUGGAGUGCUGCGUGAGGGGGCUGCAUGUGGGUGAACAUAUGUGAUGGAGUCUGUUAGCUGCAGUGCAGAGAUGGACGGUGCUAACUCACAACAACAGAGGUCAGCCGUGGUGUAAAUGGAGUCAAGGCUGGAGCUGGACGUUCUCAUUUACCCAGAUGAAGUUAGGCUGGCUUCUCCAGAGGACCUGCGGGGAUGGGAGCUGGAGACGGCGAGUCAGGUGUCUACACCUGUGGAGCGACUCUUUGUGGCUCUUUAUCCGUACAACCCUGCAGCGAUGUCUCCCAACCAUGACACAGCAGCGGAGGAACUGCCUUUCAUACCAGGACAGAUCAUCAAGAUCUGUGGAGACAAAGACUCCGACGGUUUCUAUCACGGAGAGUCCGGCGGCCUCUCUGGUUACGUGCCCAGUAACAUGGUGGCUGAAAUCCCGGUGGACGAUGUUUACCUGAGGCGUCUUCUCAUGCAGCAGGGAUUCCUUCCUGUUGACCAAACAGGUCUGUCUUCACCUUCAGUUCUCAGUGACUUUGGCAGCUUCUGUGAUGAUGCGGUUGUUCAAAGAAUGGUGGCUGUGUUUGACUACGAUCCAUGGGAAAGCUCACCUAAUAUAGACAGUGAAGAUGAACUCGGCUUCAGGGCGGGAGACAUAAUAUAUGUUCUGGGGGAAAUGGAUCAAGAUGGGUUCUAUUAUGGUGAUCUCCAUGGUCGACGAGGUUUGGUCCCCUCAAACUUCCUGCAGCCGCCGGCCUGGGACUAAAACGAGAGAGAGAAAGAGAGAGAGAGAGAGCACUAAGCUCAGAGAGGUGAGAGAGAAGGUUGGAGCGAUUGAAAUGGUCAAAGAAUGGUGAGGAUUGAUACGAGAAAGAACAACAGCCAAGAGAAGAAGAGAAAAGAAAUAUUUAAUUCUAAAAGAUAAUUAAUUUGUUUUUUUAGAGUAUUCUGUAUUUAAAGUGCUUUAUUCCAACCUCCGUUAUUAGAUAUUAUAUAUCUUAUAUAUUAUAGAUAUAUAUAUUAUGUAACAAGAAUCAAGAGCACAGAGCUUUAAUGAACACGUCAGACAGCAAAGCAUCACACCACAAAAAAAGAAAGUAUUAAAAUACAUUAACAAAGUCAUACAGCUGAUUUUAGAUUCUUCUGUCAGAGCUCGUCUGAAUUUGAACUUGACGUAAAGAAUGUUGAGAAAGUGAAUCGUUACAGACAACUGCUGUAAGGUAAAUAGGAAGAAGUGAAGAGAAAUGAGUUAUUUUGUGUCCGUUCACUGGUAAAAUGUUCUAAAAAAUAAUGCAUUGAUAAAAUAAUAAAUAAAUAAAAUAAUUUAUUAAAUAUUUAAAUUACAAAUAUUAUUAAAAAAUUAUUUGGGUUUCAUGAAAAUGCCUGUGAAAUAUUAAAAAAAAAAAAAAGAUUGUAGUGUUGGGCUUUGUAUCAGAUUUUUUUGCUUUAUUUUUUUUAUCACACACACAAAUACAUCAGAAGUGUUUAUAACAUCCAUGUGUGUAAUACAGUUCUGUAGAAACAUAAAAAGUCCAACACUGUUAAAACCAAAGGGAAAUGAAAUCAUACUUUAGCCUUAUUUCCUGUCUCUGAAAGGCGGGAAAGUAUUACUAUUAGGUUGUUUUUUUUUGUGGUUUAUUUUUGCCUUAUAACCCAUUGUAUUUUAUAAUAUUUAAAGUCUACAUUUUUAUGUAAUUAUAGCACAAAAAGUAAUUGU